AUGGACGCCACAGCCCUCUCCCUCGACGCCCAGCUCGCCGCCGAGCGCGAAAAAAAGACAGCGCUCGAAACACAGAUGCGCGAGCUCGAGGCCGCCGCCCAGGAGGCGCUCGACGAGGCUAAGCUCUCGAACGAAGCACUCAAUGAAGCCAAGACCGACCUCGAGCUCUGCAAGCUCGACCUCGAGGCGGCGCAAUUGGAGAUAGACGAGCGCGCCCACGCGGAAGAAACCAAAGUAGCACAACUCGAAGCACAGCUCCGAGACGCGCAGACGAGCGCGACGGAGGAGGAGCGGACGACGCUGCGAGCUAGAGUUGCUGAAUUAGAGGCGGAGCAAAGAAUGGCCGAUGAAUUAGAUGAGCUCCACGGCCACGAGGUCGACGCGCUGCGAAACGACAAGGAGCAGCUCCAAGAGUUGCUGAAGAAGGCCGAGGCCGACGCCGUCGAGCUCGGAAGGGCCGCGUCGUGUUUAGCCGCCGAGCGGGACGAGAGGGAAGAGGCUAAUAGUGCUCUAAAGGCGCGCGUCUUUGAUCUAGAGUCAGAUCUGAAAGCUUUGAGAAGAGACCACAAGAACCUAAGAAGGGAGUCGUCGUCGAUGCAGCGGCGCAUCGGCGACCCGCAAGCUCUGAGGCUGGCCGAGCAGCGCUUCGACUCUAGUAGAGUCGACGCCUUCGCGGCCGAGGCGCGGCUAUUAGCGUGUCGGGCGGCCGUCGAGGAAGAAGAUGUGGAUAUUGUUGCUCAAGCGACCCAGGACGUCGCGCGGGGCGUGCUAUUGGCCAAGGCGCGCGUCGUGCUAGCAGAAUCUCCACAAAGAGCCUUCGCCUACUACGCGCGCGGGGCCUCACAAACCUCAUCAGACGACGAUAUUGGGGAGGCCCUCGCGUCCCUCGAGACUUUGAGACCCCUCUCAGUCAAAGAUUCAGAUGAUGUCGUGGCUGCGGCCUUCGCCUCCGCGAACGCCGUGGCCCACCUCUGCGUCGACAUCCGCGGCCAGAACGAUAGCGCCGCUAGAAAUAUCCUGAGGGAGCUCGACUUAUGGAGGGACGAGGCGCCGAACGACCGCGGCGACGCGGCCAAGGCCGCGCAGCUCGCUAUUCAAGUGGCGCCGGCGGCCCAAGCGUUUGUUGAAAAAUUAAUCGAGGCCGCGCCCGCGGACGACGUCGACGCCACGGAGCUCGUCGAGGCAUUACGGGCGGUGGCUUUGGCCGCGGGCGCCACGUUAGCCAAGGCCGCGCGGACGGACGACUACGCCGAGACGCUGGCCGCGGCUUCAAAUGCAUUCGCCUCCAGAAAGGGCGUGCUGGGCGCCGUCGCCGCCGCCAAAAAGCGGCGGGAAGAGCGCGCGGCUUUGAGGGAGGCGGCUUUUGAGGAAGCGGCGGCGCGGGAGGACGCGGCUCAAGCGGCGGCGGCGGCGGCUGGCGCGCGGCGCGACGCGGCGCUGCGCGCGCGGCGCGGCGCCGACGAACGUUGUGAUGCGGCCGAGCGGCGGGUCGCGGCGCUGACCGAGGCGCUCGCGACGCGCGACGCCGCGGCGCCCGCGGCGCCGCCAUCGCCGCCGCCGGCGUCGCUCGCGCAGCAGUUCUUCGCGCUCGCCGGCGUCACCGACGCGCCGCCGCCGCCGCCGCCGGCCCCGCGCGACGACGCGUUCGCGGCCGCCGCCGUCGACGCGCUGCUGCCGCCGCUUCCCGCGAAGCCGGCGCCGCCGCGCCACGCGGCCCAACUCGAGGCCCUCGCGCGGCGCCUCGAGAAUAUUGGGAGGGAUGUGGCGGGCGGCGCUCCGAUCCCCCCGAGCGCCGCGGCGUUCCUGGGGAUUCGGGCGGAGGCCGAGGCGCUCCUUGUUGUACGUUAA